AUUACCAAGUACGAAGUUUCUAAAAGAGAAGCGUUUAAUGAAGCCAAAAUGAAGUACGUGGUUGAGAAGAACCCAAAAGGCGUUGUGUUUUUCAAAGACUCAAAUACAGUUUUGGUACCUUCAGACGAUAUUUUGAAAUCUGCAGUUGCAAAAACUAAAAUGACUUACGUAGAGUUGGACUUGGUGGAAAUUGGUAAUUAUUUCGAACCAAACUUGAUUCCUGCUUCGUCGUGUCUUGAGUUCCCGCUUGGUAAAGGCUCCGGUUCUGUCGGGGUCAAACACACCAUUGGCAUCUCGAUAACCCCCAAGGGUGGGGCCAGUGUGUCUUUAUUGUUGCCCAUGGUGAUUGGGACUAAGUUUGGCUUCAAUGUUGGGUUUUCGGCGUCAUUUUCGUCAAAGUACACCUGUUCUGCUCAAAAUGGUAAAUCAUUAAGGCUUUUCUAUAAAAUUAACCUGCUUACCGUGGGCGGGAAGAAGAGAAAUUUUGUUUACGAUAAGCUAGCUGGUUUGUUACAUAAGGAAGAUUGGAUGAAUCUUUCUCAUGAAAAAUUCAUCACUGAUAAUUUACCAAUAUAUUACUGUGGAACCAGUGACUUGAUGGAUUUGAAAUGCGAUACUACAGGUAUUGAAUUCUCCGAUGAUGAACGUAACACUUUUCAAUCG